AUGCAAUCUCCUCCACCCCUACCCCCACCAGCCUCAUGUCUACAGUACCGAGCUGGGGUUGGAACCCUGGACUACACCUCGGCACAAUAUUACCUGGUCACCGUCUCGUGCACGGACAACAAGGAGACGCCGGUCACAGAGGUCAUCGAGGUCAAGGUCAUACCCAACUCACCCCCGUACUUCAUCCCAGAAGACUAUCAAUACGUUUAUGACCUCAUGGAUUCUGGCGCGCCGGCUGGUCAGGUGGUCUAUGACGUCGACGCUAAAGAUGACGACGGCGAUGACGUCAUAUACAGCCUUGAGGUCCUGCCACAAUCGUCUGCAAGUCAUUAUAAAAUAGACAGAGCCACUGGCAAGAUAUCAACCACAGUUCCCCUCAAGGCUGAAUGUAACGGUGACGUCACAUUCCGCGUCACCAUUAGCGACGGCAACAUCACAGCAGCGCCGAUGGUGAUUGUCAUGGCAAUCAAAAGUAAUUAA